GCGGUGCUUCCCCUUCUCCCCGGCGGUUAGUGCUGAGAGUGCGGAGUGUGUGCUCCGGGCUCGGAACACACAUUUAUUAUUAAAAAACCCAAAAAAAAUCUAAAAAAACCUCUUAAAAAACCCAAAAAAAAAUUUAACAAAAAAGUCCGCGUCUCCCCCCCGCCGGAGACUUUUAUUUUUAUUUUUUCUUCCUUUUUAUAAAAAUAACCCGGUGAAGCAGCCGAGACCGACCCGCCCGCGGCCCCGCAGCAGCUCCAAGCAGGAACCCAGAGACCGAGGCCUUCUCGCCGCCCGGACCCGACCCCGCAGCACCUCGCCCCCAGCCGGCAGCCAGCGGCCAGCGGCAGCGGACCGACCCCCGUCCUGCGGCGGCUGUUGAGUAGUUGUCGAUUCCGCUCGAUUUUUGUCCCUCCGCGCUCGCCCCCGCUCCCCUCCCCCGGCGCCGCCCCCGGCCCCGCACUCGCUCCCCUCCGCUCACGGAAAGGUCGCGGCCUGUGGCCCCGCGGGCAGCCGUUCCGAGAUGAACCCCAGCGCCCCCAGCUACCCGAUGGCCUCGCUCUACGUGGGGGACCUCCACCCCGACGUGACCGAGGCGAUGCUCUACGAGAAGUUCAGCCCGGCCGGGCCCAUCCUCUCCAUCCGGGUCUGCAGGGACAUGAUCACCCGCCGCUCCCUGGGCUACGCGUAUGUGAACUUCCAGCAGCCGGCGGACGCGGAGCGUGCUUUAGACACCAUGAAUUUUGAUGUUAUAAAGGGCAAGCCAGUUCGCAUCAUGUGGUCUCAGCGUGAUCCAUCACUUCGCAAAAGUGGAGUGGGCAACAUAUUCAUUAAAAAUUUGGACAAAUCCAUUGAUAAUAAAGCACUGUAUGAUACGUUUUCUGCUUUUGGUAACAUCCUUUCAUGUAAGGUGGUUUGUGAUGAAAAUGGUUCCAAGGGUUAUGGAUUUGUACAUUUUGAGACACAGGAAGCAGCUGAAAGAGCUAUUGAAAAAAUGAACGGGAUGCUUUUAAAUGAUCGUAAAGUAUUUGUUGGGCGAUUUAAGUCUCGUAAAGAACGAGAAGCAGAACUUGGAGCUAGGGCAAAAGAGUUCACCAAUGUUUACAUCAAGAAUUUUGGAGAAGACAUGGAUGAUGAGCGCCUUAAGGAUCUCUUUGGCAAGUUUGGACCUGCCUUAAGUGUGAAAGUAAUGACAGAUGAAAGUGGAAAAUCCAAAGGUUUUGGAUUUGUAAGCUUCGAAAGGCAUGAAGAUGCACAGAAAGCUGUGGAUGAGAUGAAUGGAAAGGAGCUCAAUGGAAAACAAAUUUACGUUGGUCGAGCUCAGAAAAAAGUGGAACGGCAGACGGAACUUAAACGCAAAUUCGAACAGAUGAAGCAAGAUAGGAUCACCAGAUACCAGGGUGUUAACCUUUAUGUGAAAAAUCUUGAUGAUGGUAUUGAUGAUGAACGUCUCCGGAAAGAGUUCUCUCCAUUUGGUACAAUCACUAGCGCAAAGGUUAUGAUGGAGGGUGGUCGCAGCAAAGGGUUUGGUUUUGUAUGUUUCUCCUCCCCAGAAGAAGCCACUAAAGCAGUUACAGAAAUGAAUGGUAGAAUUGUGGCUACCAAACCAUUGUAUGUAGCUUUAGCUCAGCGCAAAGAAGAGCGCCAGGCUCACCUCACUAACCAGUAUAUGCAGAGAAUGGCAAGUGUGAGAGCUGUGCCCAACCCCGUAAUCAACCCCUACCAGCCAGCACCUCCUUCAGGUUACUUCAUGGCAGCUAUCCCACAGACUCAGAACCGUGCUGCAUACUAUCCUCCUAGCCAAAUUGCUCAACUAAGACCAAGUCCUCGCUGGACUGCUCAGGGUGCCAGACCUCAUCCAUUCCAAAAUAUGCCCGGUGCUAUCCGCCCAGCCGCUCCUAGACCACCAUUUAGUACUAUGAGACCAGCUUCUUCACAGGUUCCACGAGUCAUGUCCACACAGCGUGUUGCUAACACAUCAACACAGACAAUGGGUCCUCGUCCUGCAGCGGCUGCUGCUGCAGCUACUCCUGCUGUCCGCACUGUUGCACAGUAUAAAUACGCUCCAGGAGUUCGCAAUCCUCAACAGCAUCUUAAUGCACAGCCACAAGUUACCAUGCAACAGCCUGCUGUUCAUGUACAAGGUCAGGAGCCUUUGACUGCUUCUAUGUUGGCAUCUGCCCCUCCUCAAGAGCAAAAGCAAAUGUUGGGUGAACGGCUGUUUCCUCUCAUUCAAGCAAUGCACCCUACUCUUGCUGGUAAAAUCACUGGCAUGUUGUUGGAGAUCGAUAAUUCAGAACUUCUUCAUAUGCUUGAGUCUCCAGAGUCUCUCCGUUCUAAAGUUGAUGAAGCUGUAGCCGUACUACAAGCCCACCAAGCUAAAGAGGCUGCCCAGAAAGCAGUUAACAGUGCCACCGGUGUUCCAACUGUUUAAAAUUGAUCAGGGACCAUGAAAAGAAACUCGUGCUUCACCGAAGAAAAAUAUCUAAACAUCGAAAAACAAUAUUACGGAAAAAAAAAACAUUGCAAAAUAUAAAAUAAAUAAAAAAAGGAAAGGAAACUUUGGACCUUAUGUACCGAGCAAAUGCCAGGUCUAGCAAAAAUAAUGCUAGUCCUAGAUUACUUAUUGAUUUAAAAACAAAAACAAAAAAAACACAAAAAAAAUAGUAAAAUAUAAAAA